AUGCUGGUCCUAUUGAAAAAGCCAAAUAUGAAAUCUGUCAAAACAUUCUUCACUAUAAACAAGAAAAUAAUUUGUCGGAAAAAGAGAUAGGGGAAAGAUUAGGAAUUAGGAAGUCAGAAAAGUUGGAGUAUCUUUUAUUUUGCCACAUUGACAAAUUUACUUUGGAUAAAUUGGUUGCUUAUGCUACUGAAUUAUUAACUCCUUUUGAAUUAAAAAUUGUGCGGCCGGGGAAGGAAAUUCAUCUUUCGCCUAAUUCAGCAAAAAUUAAUAAUCGUUCUCGCAAACAUCUUUAA